AUGGACUUCUCGGUAUCGCGGGAUAUCUUCCGAUCCCAGGCCGCAGUUGAGGACCUCAAUCCCCCAGCAGCACUGUCCCUCACGCCCUCCGACCCCGUCCACCUCGCGCUGCUCAACGCCUUCGAGCGCGACUACACCCACCUGACCAUCGUCGACUCCGACACCCGCGCGCUGCUGGGCUACAUCGCCAUCCCGCAGCUCCAGUCAAUGCUCGACAGCGGCAAGGUCAGGCCUGACGACGAGAUCCGCAACGCCAUGACCCGCUUCCAGCGCAAGGGCAAGAAGUACGAGGUCAUCACCAUGGACACACCCCUCGAGAAGCUGGAGGAGUUCUUCGAGGGCGGCGCCACCGGCGGCCAGAAGCAGGAGUUUGCCGUCAUCACGGACGACCAAAGGCGCUUCGUCCUCGGCGUUGCUACCGUGCAGGAUCUCGAGGAGUUUGUGAAGAGGCGGCCGGCUUAG